AUGCCUAAACGAGCUGCCGAAUCUCAGCUUUCGGAUAGAAACCCUUCCAAGAAGCAAAAUACUGGGGAUGUAGACGAUCCUGCUUCGCCAAAACUCCAAAAUAGAGCGGCGGACGAUGAAGACCUUGACGAUACAUCUGCAAAGAACAAGACUGACCCAGAAUCCAAGACUUCUAACAGCAAGUCGAAAAAGACAAAGAAACCUCCAGUUGGCGAUGGCUUCGCAACUUUCACCCAUAAUACUGUAAUUCCUCCAACCAACUUUUUUUGGGGCAUCAAGCCCAUGCCCGGCGACCCACGUCCCGACCCCAUCCAGCCCUCAGCCCGAGAAAGCAACGGGCAAGUCAACCCACCCUUAUGGGAAGACCGAGGCUACCGCUACAAACGUGGCUCUCGCUACGUCAAGUACUUUGGCCCCAUCCCUCCAUCCAACAUCGACUCCCUAAACGAAUCCCUCGACCAAGAAGCCCUCCACACUGUGAAACUGAUCGACAUGCGUCCCAAGAGCAAAAAAGACCCAACCCCAAAACGCAAACCAACGAUAUACUGCUACGGGAAAACACCAAAAGACUGGAACAAGAUGCAAACCAUCAAGGCCCUAAACGACCGCCGCUACCAAGCCAUCGACCGCACGACAAUGGAUAGGCCCUGGCAGCGCAUGGAGCGCGAAUACCUAGCCUCUCUCUUGCAAGAAACGCCCAACGCCUCAAUCUGGGAGCUGACUGAGCGCCACAACGCGCGCUUCAUGAACCAGGACUUUACCGAAGCCACGGGAUUCAGUUUUGCGAGCCUGUCUGCCGGGCGGACGGUCGAGAGCGUACGUUACGAAUACACGACAUACAAGCCACUCUACGAUGCAGGUAAGGUACCCGAAGCAAUCCGGUGGCGCGGCGAUCCAUCCGUACAAAGCAAAGCAGUGAAGGAGAGUGGGCGAGCUGAACGGACGUUCGGGAAGCCAAGCCAGGCACUGGAAAUGGCACACGAUGCUGCCAUCGGGGGUAGUAGCGAAGACGAAGACGAAGACGAAGCAAAUGCAACUUCACCACACGAAAGGGGUACGUCAUCAAACCCGCUUCCCGACCAGGAAGACAUCGACGAAGACGAAGAAAUGCUACUCGAGCUAGCAGAUGCGCAUACGGCACCGACAUAUCUCUCGAGCAGAUAA